UGGCUCUGUGCAUUUUCGAUGGAUGUUUUGUUGCUGGCAGCUGCGUGCGGGUAGGUACGUGCAGCUGUCAGUCCGGUCAGAAGCGCAUUUGCGAAUCGACAGGCGUAUUUUGUUGACACGUAGUACCAAGCGUAGAUUGUUUUCAUUUUGGCGAUCGUUUCGAAUGAGCUGGGCAUCGAAUUUGUGAAGAUUUUCCAAUCGUUUUGCGGGAUUUGCAGUUGACCAGGAUGACACCGAAGUUGAAGAUUUCGGACUUUGUGCUGAAGCGCAUCGCCAAGGUGACGUCCCAAUGCAGCGGAGAACUGUUCGGCAUAAUGACCCAAGGCACUCUGACCGUGCUGGGAUUCAUUCUGGAGGACAACAAAAACGACGACAGCGACGGGCAAACGAAGACCAUGAACUAUCGAAAGGCUCAGAAUAACUUCCCCACCGAGGUGGACCUUUGUGGGCUAAUCAAGUUCGGCCCGUGUACGGAUGCCGAGGCACAUCUAAACGAAAUCCUGCAGGAUGUGGACAUUACGGACAAUCCGGUGCUGAUUAACUGCGACGCCGAUGGGGACGUGAAGGCGUCGUUUUUUAAGCAUGGCCAGUUGGAGGAUAUCAGCUACGAAGUGAUUAGCGAGACGGAUCUGUUCCGGGACUAUCUAUUUCUGCGACUGCAGUGUAGUAUGGAUUUGUUCUGUGAGCUGAAUGAAAAGUCCAUCGCUGAGAAUUCGUUCAGGUUGCGAAAACGAUUGGCUUCGGGGAAUGUGGCUUUCAGCGUGGCCGGGACGGGGGUUAUAUUAAACGGGGGAUCAACUGGAUGUCAGGUUGUGGGGUUGAAUGCGGAAGAUACGAUGGAAUCAUUGAUUGUGAUGACGACCAAAACGGAAGACGAUGGAUUCGGGUCCAAAGGUGGUAAGAAAAAGACUCCGUUGAGCAUCACUCCUACAGAGUAUCAGGUGUUGAACAUCAACAUGAUGGUGAAGAAAUCGAAGGACACCCAAGAUGAACGCCUGACCCGGGAAGCGUGCAAUGUUACGAUCGAUAGCAAAAAUGCGUGUGGUAAAAUGAAAGUACCGCUUCAGGUUGAUGUGUUGAGCAUGUUGCAUAAGGAGACGAAGGCCGUCCUGUGCUAUGAUGUGCUAGUGGAAAGCAUGUGCCGCUCUUUACGUUUACUGGAGCACAGUUUCUUGGAACAGUUUGAACAGUUUAGUCAAAUUUCUGUGUCCAAGUGUUAUCACAUGUAUCCGGAUGGACUUGGACACUUUUGGACCUGUGUGUAUCCAGUUGGCGAUAGCAUAAAGGAAGACGAUGAAUUCCUUCAAGAUAAGCGUAGAUCACUGCAUCAACAUUUUGGAGUACCCACCAGUCGACCUUACUUCCGAAAAGCCAACGAAUUCCGAUUCCGAGAAGGCAACAGCAAACUGCUGUUCAACCCACACGUUGGCGUGAAACGGCAAUUAACGGAUGGGAAAAUGUCCCUGGUCCAGGGUAGGUACAGCUACCACCACUACAUGCAGGACGGCUUCAACGACGAUGGCUGGGGCUGUGCGUAUCGAUCGCUGCAAACCCUCAUCUCGUGGUUCAUCUAUCAGGGCUACGCCGACGUUCGGAUCCCAACGCACGACGAAAUCCAGAAGUAUUUGGUCAGAGUUGGAGAUAAACCUGCGGGUUUCGUGGGGUCACGCCAGUGGAUCGGAUCGACGGAAGUUUCCAUGUGUCUGAACGAGUUCGUCAAGGUGGAUUCCAAGAUAAUGCACGUUAGCUCCGGUGCGGAUCUGGCCAUGAAGGGAUCGGAACUGGCAUACCAUUUCGAAACACAGGGAACGCCCAUCAUGAUCGGGGGUGGAGUGCUGGCCCACACCAUUCUAGGAGUGGAUUUCGAUCGCAAUACCGGUGAUUUGAAGUUUUUAAUUUUGGAUCCCCACUACACCGGGGCGGACGAAAUUGGAACCGUGUUGGCGAAGGGCUGGUGCGGAUGGAAGGGGGUAGAGUUUUGGGACAAGAAGGCUUACUAUAACUUGUGCAUGCCACAGCGACCAUACGUGUUUUAAAUAAUAAGAUGUGGAAGUCGGUUAACGAGUAAAAUAAAGCAGUUUUUCACUAUA